UUGCAGAUCGGAUGGCCAAGCUGCAGCUCCAAGGUGCUUUCACGGCGCUUGUCACUCCAUUCACCGCCGACGGCGAACACGUCGACUACGAUGCACUCCGCCGCAUUGUCGAGUUGCAGAUUUCCCGUGGGAUCAAUGGAUUGGUUCCCAUGGGCACGACUGGCGAAUGCCCUACCGUGUCCCAUGAAGAACAUGACAAAAUCGUCGCAUCCGUGAUCGAAUUCGCUGGUGGUCGGGUGCCUGUGAUUGCCGGCACGGGUUCCAACAGCACGGCAGAAGCCAUCCGAUUGACCCAAGCUGCCAAGGACGCUGGCGCCGACGCGUGUCUUGUCGUAAACCCGUACUACAACAAACCAUCCCAAAAGGGGCUUUACGAACACUUCAAGAAGAUCCAAGAUAUUGGUCUCCCCGUUGUCCUCUACAACAUCCCUGGGCGCACGGGCAUCAACAUGACUCCUGAGACCGUCGCGGAGCUGUACAAACUCCCCAACAUCGUUGCCAUCAAGGAAGCUACCGGGUCCUUGGAGCAAUCGUCGGAAAUUGCCGCGCUGUGCGACAUUACGAUUCUGUCGGGUGACGAUACACUGACGCUGCCCAUCAUGUCCAUUGGCGGGAAGGGCGUGAUCAGUGUUUUGUCCAACGCGGCCCCCGAGAAGGUGCUUGCGAUCACAGACGCCGUGCGCCAGGGGGACUUCGAGGCCGCUCGUCGCGCGCAUUUGGCCUCGAUCAAGCUCUGCAAAACGAUGUUCAUCGAAACGAACCCGCAACCGAUCAAGAAGGCGAUGCAGUUGCUUGGUCUGUGCAAUGACACGUGCCGUCUGCCGAUGGUGUCGUGCUCGGACGAGUCGACCGAAAUCAUUCGGCAACAGCUCCAAGUCAACAACCUGCUCUAAUUGUACAUUCAUCGCUGUGUUUGAAUUCAAAAACUAUUCGUCGCGCGAUGACCACGCCUCAUUUGCUCUGCCCUCGGCGGUUGUGGUGGCGUUGUUGGCGGCUCUCGCCUUGCUUAGCACACCACGCACGUGCAGACCGGCAACCGUGGGAAUUCCAGGCCCUGUGCAUGUGCUCA